CUAGAAAACGAAUGGCCACCCAGAUCGAAAGAUUCUGGCCCAAAAACACAGCAAAUAAAAUAAUAACCGAUUGUCAACAAAAUAAAUGGGAACCCUGUAGAUUUAAAUCAAAAUUCAGAAUCAAUGCAAAAAUUGAUUUGAUAACUUCUUUUUCGGAAAAAAAAUCUCAUUCGUUUAAAAAAAAAAACAAAAAAUUCGUUUUGUGAAAAAAAAUCUAGAACUUUUUAAGAUGGAGGAACGCCUAAGGCAGACUUAUCAGCGACAUUGCCUGGAACGCGAACGGAUUACCAGACGGCUUAAACGGCUGACCGGAAAACGAUCCAUCGACCUCCUCUGCAACGACUCAACCGCGCCACCCAUCGCCAUUACCAUGGGCGAGCUAAGCACCCCGAGCCGGAUGAAGGGUGGCCAACAAAUGGGAAGCUUGGAGACGCCUUUACCACAACUACGGAAGGUUCCCCCCAACCCACCACCAAAGCCAUGUUCCAGUCCCAUUGCGGUGUCGAGGAAGCGUUCGCCAAGGAAGGCGUCCAGACAUGUGGCCAAGACUACUCCAGAUCUGCUCGUCGUUGGCCAUCAGCUGCCGAUGCAUGCUCCACCCCAGAGUCGCCGUAUCCCUCUUUCCCGGCAGCCCGUCGACGAUUAUGUAUACUUUUAUCCGGGUCACUAUCCGGAGAUGAUCUACUGGCAUCCCCAGGGUAUGCUGUUCCAUCCAGAGCAGCCGCAUCAGAUCCUGGUGAAGGACGAGGAGCCUCCUCGGGUGGUGGAUAAACGAUUUAUCGCCGAGCUGGUGGACGGGCUUAUCUUGGAAGUCCAAGAGUCUACAGCAAGAAAGCUCAAUUAGGCAUGAAUUAUUACUCUGAAAUACAAAAAAUCAAAAUGUCACAUAUUAUACAAAUAUCCAAUCAAUUAAAAUCUUAAUGGAA